AUGGAAAAUAUAGUACAGACGCAAGAUUUCUUCAAGACCUUCUGCAAUAAUGUGGUCAAUUCUGUGUCUUCUGCGGAAUUUGAAGGAUUUUCCAAAGCCACCACUGAUCGGGAGAGAUGUGAAUUUGUGUCGCGCCUCUCGGCAGUGAAAAGUCUCACUGUGCCGCGUGAAAAGACAGUGAAGUGCUUGGAAAAGGCUUUGGCACUGAAGAAAGAGGGAAAUAAUGCCUUCCAGAAGAAGGAGUGGCGGAAAUCCCUUGAUCUCUACAAUCAAAGCUACUUCACAACACCGAGCGAUGAAGAAGGCAAUUUGGCGGUGAUUUUCGCCAACAGAUCAGCGGCUCUUUAUCACAUGGAGAAGCACGAUUUGGCACUGAAGGACAUUGCAAGGGCCAUCGAGGCGAACUAUCCCAGGGAGAUGCGAUAUAAGCUGAUAGAACGUGAGGCGAGAUGUUACCUGGCUCAGGAGAAACACGAAGAAGCUCUCCAGGCUUUUAAGAAAACAAUCACUGCCUUGGACGAUGCGAAACUUCCGGAGGAUAAACAUGCAAAGAUGGAGCGCGAUGCUCAGAUCAUGGUGAAGAUGCUGACAAAGACCAUCGAAAAGUGUGGCCAGAAGAAGAGCAAGCAGAAAGUGAAGAAGGAAGAUGUCUCUCAGACUCAUCCUUCCCUCGCGUAUGACUUCAGUGAGAGCGAGGGAAGAUUCGCCAAGGCUUCUGCAGACAUAAACGUUGGUGAGACAAUCGUGGCUGAACUGCCUCACUGUUCAGCUCUCCUGGAGAGGAGCGCGAAGUCGCACUGCCAUCACUGCUUUAUGAGGUUCUUGGCGCCACUUUGCUGCGCCACGUGCUCAGAUGCGCUCUUCUGCUCGGCCGAGUGUCGUGAGAUCGCUGUGAAGACUUACCAUCGGCACGAGUGUGGCAUCUUGCCGAUUCUCUGGCGAUCGGGCACGUCGAUCAUCUGCCACUUGAGCCUCCGAACUCUGGCACAGAAGAAUGUUGACUACUUCCUGAAGAUACGCGACGAACUCGUGGCAAACGGCGGAGAUUAUCCCUUCGAGCAGCGACUAAAGUUCCCCAACAGCGACUUCCGCAAAGUCUGCAACCUCUUUAAGGUGGAUGUGAAACAGCGAUCGGUGAAUGAUGUCUUUCAGCACGCCGUCAUGGCUUAUUUUCUCGCGAAAUGUCUGGCGGCUGGCGACUUUUUCGCCGAUCAUCCGAGUGAGGAUGUGUUCAAUGAGAUGUCUGGCUUCAUCUUGAGAACCCUGCAAGUUCUUCAGUUCAACACUCAUGAAGUCUUUGAACUGCGCACCGGCAAGACACCGCUGAGUCCCGAUCGCAAGACGAUCUUCAUCGGCGGAGCUCUGUAUCCCACCGUGGCACUCUUUAAUCACUCCUGCGAUCCAGGUAUUGUGCGCUACUUCCGCGGAAAUCGGGUCUUCGUGCACGCCAUUAAGAACAUCAAGGCUGGCGAAAUCGUGGCUGAGAACUACGGACCACUGUACACGCAGGAAGAUCGCGAGCAGAGACAUGAAACGCUGAAGCAAAUCUACUACUUCGACUGCAUGUGCACGGCGUGUCAGGAGAAUUGGCCUCUUUUUGAGGACAUGAAGAACGACUUCCUGCGCUUCCGCUGCGACAGCAAGAACGACUGCGGAAAGGUGAUUUGCGUGCCUGUGGAGACCAACGACUUCAUGAUCCGCUGCGUGGACUGCGGAGAGUUCACGAACCUACUGAAGGGCCUCAAGGCGAUGCAGGACAUCGACGUGAUGAACCGCACAGCUGAGAGACUCCAUCGCGGCGGAAGUGUGGACGAGGCCGUUCGCAAGUACAUUGAGAUCCUCAAGCUCAUGAGCGACGUUCUGGUGCCUCCGUUUCGGGACUACGUGCUGUGCCAGCAGAACAUCCGCGAUUGCCUGCUGGAGUACGGAAAUCGCUUCGUGGUGUAAAAGACAAGAUGAUGUCCU